AUGGAAACUGAUAAUUUAAAGUUUGUGUACCUCGAAUUAUUGCAGGGCAUGUUAGAUACAUUAGCACCUCAUCAGGAACAACUCCACAAGACAUAUUCAAAGGCCAAAGCGAACCUACAGGAAUGUGAAGGAAUAUUCUACCAUCCAAAAGAUCUAAAAAAGGUAAAAGGAAUUGGAGACACAAUUAUCAAACGACUGGAAACGAAACUCGAAUCAUAUUGUACUCUGAAUAAUAUGGAGUUUCCAACGUUUGAAGCUCCACACAGAAACGCUUCAUCCGGGUCUUCAAAGAGGAGUGUCACAUCCUUAAGAGUUGAUGGUAAUAACAAGGACGAUGAGCAACAACCUACUAAGAAGAAAAGAAAAUACAUUCCGAAGAAAAAAUCUGGUGGUUAUGCAAUUUUGCUUGGAUUACUAGAAUUAAAUGCCAUUCGAAGACCAUGCAUAAAAGAAGAAAUUAUUGAAAUAUCCCAGAAAUAUUCGAAUGGUAGUAUGCAUAGUAAUUAUGCGACCAAGGAAUUUUAUGGUGCAUGGUCGUCUAUUAGUUCUUUACUAAAACAUUCCCUGGUGUUGGAAGAAGGUAGACCUAAAAGAUACAGUUUAACUCCAGAGGGCCUUGAAAUGGCAAAAACUUUGAAAAUGGCAGACAGCAUUGAAUUUAAUAACGACACUAAAACCAAUACUUUAGAUAUUUCACUGGAUUUAGCAAAUGAACGGACUGUUAAUUUAAGUGAUCUGCUGAAACAAGACGGAGAAAUACGGCGGAACAAUGAAUCUUCAUUUAAUUCUGCAUUUAGCGAUGUAUCUCAUGAACUUAGUCACUCCCUAAAUGCAAGUACCCCUCAGAGGUCGAGAGUUCUACAAAAUAUGCCCCCUUUACAUUCUACUCCUACAACGAAUAUAAAUGAUAGACAAAAUAAUUCCACAACACAUUCAAGUGCAAAUGAAAAAUACUUAACUGGAAAAGUUCAUAUGAAUAGGAAAAGAUUUACAGGGAUAAGUUAUGAAAUAUGGAAAAAUGGUUCAUAUGAGAUAUAUCCGAUUAUUGAUCAUCGUGAGGUAAAAUCCCAACAAGAUCGUGAUUAUUUCUCAAAUGCAUUAAAACUAAAGGGGGUCAAGAUGGAAGUACGACAACUUUCCCUAGGUGACAUCAUUUGGGUUGCUCGACACACAAAAACAGGAUUCCUAUGUGUCCUUAAUACCAUAAUUGAAAGAAAAAGAUUAGAUGAUUUAGCAGCCAGUAUAAAGGAUAAUAGAUUUAUGGAACAAAAAAAUAGAUUAGACAAAUCUGGUUGUACCAAUAAAUAUUAUUUAAUAGAGGAAACAAUGGCAAGUUCUGUCUUUAGUAUGACUGAGGCUUUAAAGACAUCUCUAUGGAUGAUCCUCAUUUAUUAUAGAUUUUCAGUGAUACGUUCGCAAAACAGUAAUGAAACAGUUCAAAAAUUACACGUUCUUCAUACUGUUAUUAAACAUAAUUAUAGUAAGAAAAAUUUGUUAGUGAUGUAUCCAAACAAUUUAAAAGAUCAAGAUCAUUACCGCAGAAUAUUGGAAAAAUUUCAAUUAGAAUUUGGAAACCAUACAAGCCUUGAAUGCUGUCAUACACUAGAUUGUUUUCAAGAAAUUAUGGGCAAAAAUGAUUCUCCUACCGUAGGUGAAAUGACUAUUCAGAUUUUGAUGUAUGUAAAAGGCGUUUCUUUAGAGAAAGCUGUCGCGAUUCAAGCCGAGUUUCCCACUUUAAAUCACAUAUUAACUGCAUAUAGGAACUGUUCAUCUCAAUUAGAGGCAAAAAUGUUAAUGUUUCAAAAACUAGGCAAUGCCCCAGGUAAUAAGAAAAUUUCCAAGUUAUUAUCUGAGAAAAUAGCUGAUGCAUUUAUGUGA